GCCAAGCCGUGUUAAUUGUCGGUUAUAGACUGUGUAGAACAGCAUCUACCUCGGCGCUUGAAACCGUGUCGCCAGGAAGUGGAAGACAAAGGGAUACAUGUCGGCAAACACAAAGCCUUUUGAUGGGGCUGGCAAGGAAGCGGGGCUACGCAUAUGGAGAGUGAAGGCAUUUCAGCUGUUAGAGGAGCCUAAGCAGCAUUUUGGCUCAUUCUUUAGCGGGGAUUGCUAUCUUGUGCUCGACACCUUCCUGGCAGAAGGACGUCUUCGCCAUCACAUCCAUUUCUGGCUGGGCAAGGAUUCAUCCACGGAUGAGGCCGGCAGUGUGGCCAUCUUCGCCGCCCAGCUCGACGAGGCGCUGGGGGGCGGCCCCGUGCAGUUCAGGCAGCCGCAGGGCUCCGAGUCGCCUGAGUUCCUGCGCCUCUUCCCGCGGCUUAAGUACCUGGCUGGCGGCUACGUGAGCGGCUUCCGGGAGGCGGCGGCGGGCAAGGCCGCGGGGCCGCGGAGGCUGUACCAGGUCAAGAGCGCCAGCAAGACGUGUGUGCAGGUGUUCGAGGUGCCCUGCUGCCUGGCCUCCCUCAACCACGGUGACUGCUUCCUGCUAGAGGACCCCGCGGCACGCGCGCUGUGGGUGUGGCACGGAGCCGCCGCCAACAUCCGCGAGAAGACCCGCGCCAUUGAGGCGGCGUACGCUUUCAAGGAGGGAACCGGCAUCAAGCUCAGUGUGCUUGACGACGGUGACACGGUGAGCGGCGAGGCGCUGGCCUUCUACACGCGCCUGGGCUGCCCGCAGCCGCCGCAGCCGGAGGACAUCCGGGAGGCCGCAGCGGACAAGCCGCCGCCCGUACUGCUGCAGCCGCCGCAGCUGUACAGGGUUGCGGACUACGACGGCGGCUUCGCGCAGGUGUCAGUCAACGGCGAGCCGCUGAGUGCCGCCAUGCUGGAGGCGGGCGGGCAGUUCGUGCUGCACGCGGCGGGGUGCAUCUGGGUGUGGACGGGGCCCAACGCGGGCGGGGAGGCGGCGGCGCCGCUGCAGGUGGGCUCCCGCUUCGCCGCCUUCCGCGGUCUGCCCGCCAGCGCGCUCAUCAAGGCGGUGCGGGCGCGCUUCGAGCCGGGGCUGUUCACCACCUACUUCGGGGACUGGGGGGCGGAAAAGCAAGGCGGCGGCGGCGCCGGAAGGACCCCGGGGCGGGACUCCUUCGGCAACUUCAUUCCGGGACCCGGCAAGGGCACGGACGAGCAGCCGUACAACGCUGAGGAGGCGGUGGCGGCCAUGGUGGCGCUCGCGACGGAGGCGGACAUGGCGGCAGAAGGUUUCGGAGCCGCCGCCGCCAGCCUGGAGGCUGCAUGUGCACGACUAACCGCCAGCAAGAUCCGGGUGUGGGCCAUGUCGGGCGCCUCCUCCCUGGAGCUGCCGCGGCAGGAGGUGGGGCAGUUCUACGACGGAGCCUCCUACGUCGUACUGCACACGUACUCCACAGGCGCAGACCCCACCGACCUGCGCUACGCGGUGUACUGCUGGCAGGGCCGCCACUGCGGCAACCUGGAGCAGGGCGCCGCGGCGCUGCUGGCGGCCGACCUGCACCGCACCAAGUACGCGGGGCGAUCCACGCUGGUGCGGGUGGAGCAGAACCUGGAGCCGGGGCACUUCGUACGGCUGUUCAGGGGAGCCAUGCUGGUGCGGCACGGCCCCCGCCCCACCAACCUGGCUCCCGGCCGCUCGCCCCCCGGCACCCACCUGUACCAGGUCAAGGGGGAGGCGGUGGCGCAGGCGCAUGCAGUGGAGGUGUCCCCCCGCGCCUCCAGCCUCAGCAGCGGCGACUGCUUCGUGCUGGAGCAGGCGGCGGAGGUGGGCGCCCCCAGCGCACACAGCCAGCCGGUGCUGCUGUGGCUGGGGCGUGGCAGCAGCGGCACGGAGGUGGCGGUGGCGGAGGCGGUGGCAGCGGAGCUGGCGGGCAGCGGGGCGGAGGUGCAGCGGGUGCAGGAGGGUGAAGAGUCCGAGAGCUUCUGGGCCGCGCUGGGUGGCCGCGCCGCCUACCCCUCCGCCUCCCGCCGCGCUCCCGGCUGCUGCGUGCCCAAGCUGUUCCACCUGCGCGACUGCGCGGGUCGGGGCCUCAAGGUGGAGCUGCACACCGCCUUCGCGCAGGACAGCCUGUGCGGACAUGACGUAAUGCUGUUGGAUGUGGGGACGGAGUUGUACAUGUGGUACGGCGCCACCUGCAAGCCCACCGAGCGGCCCCGCGCUCGCGACGUGGCGCAGCGCUACCUGGCCGCCUCAGCGGCGCGGCGGGGCGGCGGCGGGGCGGGCGGCAGCGGGCUUGUGGAGGUGGAGGCCGGGCAGGAGCCACCCUUCUUCAGCUGCCACUUCGCCGGCUGGGAUGUGGACGCGGUGGCGCACAUACCUGAUGUGUAUGUGGAGCGCGUCAGGAAACUGUCCGUGGCUGCGAAGGGCGAGGAGAGCGAAGGUGCGGUGGAGGUGGCUCAAGUGAGCGCGUGCUGAUGGGAGGUUUUAUGGUGGCAGGCUUAAUCCGUAUUAAACUGAUCCAGCAAUGUAAGGUUUGGAGCGGGGUACAUGGCGACUUUGCGUGCGCAGUAAGGAUACAAUGUUUACACCCUGAUACAUUCGGGCGAGGCGCAGUCUUUCACGGCGUUUUUGUGACGGAGCCCGCCUGCUUAGGUAGGUGAUCUGUGACCGCUGAUAGUACGUGUUGGGCGUCCGCUUUGCUACGUGUACGCGACUAGCAUCAGUUACAGGUGAAGGUUGCUAUGCCACUGAGAUAUGUAUGGUGGCAUCCCUUACGGCGGUGCGUCGCCCUAUGUGCGAAAUAACCCGAAGUGAAAAGAGUUCGACACUUGGGUGUUUGUUGAUGCUGGUAUGUUUGCAUGAAUAAAAUAUUUGCCUCCUGAAGAAUGGGAGCCAAUAUGAAGAGGGUGGCCAACAGACCCGUGGGUCAAUAGAACAUCUUUUUGAGUUGGCUCUCCUACUUUUACCGCAGUACUGCUAGGUAAUGGCGUGUUCAUGGCAUAACGGGCCUGAGGGAUGGACAUGUGUGAAGGGUGCCAAACCCUGUUGGCUGUUGCCCAGUCCAAAACACCGACAUGCCCGUGUCUCCGCCACGCAUGGUACUACUUUCCCGGCCCCUAUUUCACCAGCGUGCUCACCACAAUCCACACACUCUGCUCCUUGCCUAUGUUGCUAAGCCAUGAUGCUCCGAAAGGGGGAGCAUUCACCACAAAACCCAUACCAGCGCGCAUUCCCCAAGCUACUAUAUCUAGCUACAGCGGGC